CAUCCCCUUUCUCUAUCUCGUCAUUUUCCUUUUUCUUCAUCUCAAAAAGGGUCGUUGAAUAUGUUCUCCAAAUCAAUAACCAAACCCUAGAUUUCAUCCAAAAACGUUUGAUUUUCCCCUCCAAACCCUAAAUUAACCUUAAUUAAUCUCCACACAACUAGAUCAGAUGAAUAAUUUAACAUUUUYGUUGUAUUCGUCGGUCUGAUUUUCAUAAAUUCACUGGUUUUCUUAAACCCUUUCUCGGAAAUUCCUGAAAUUCGAAUCGUUUUGUCAACAAUUGGCGGGUGAUUGGGGAUGGGUAGGGCGUGUAUAGAAACAUCGAGGCCAUCUUCAUCGUCGUCGUCGUCAUCUCCACCGGCGGUGACGACGUCGACAUCGAUCACYGAGACCGUUAACGGCGAGCAUGAUUUUAGGAUUUCCGGUUAUUCGCUAUCGAAGGGUAUUGGAAUUGGGAAAUAUGUAGCAUCAGAUACUUUUAUGGUUGGUGGUUAUUCAUGGGCGAUCUAUUUUUACCCUGAUGGGAAGAGCCUUGAGGAUAAUGCGAAUUAUGUUUCGUUAUUCAUCGCGUUGGCUAGCGAUGGAUCGGAUGUUCGUGCCCUUUUUGAGCUGACUCUUAUCGAUCAAAGUGGGAAAGAGAGACAUAARGUUCAUAGCCAUUUUGGAAGAGCUUUGGAAAGUGGGCCUUAUACUCUUAAAUACAGAGGUAGUAUGUGGGGCUACAAACGGUUUUUCAAAAGAUCAUCUUUAGAAACAUCAGACUACUUGAAAGAUGAUUGCCUUCAAGUCCAUUGUUGUGUUGGUGUUGUCAAGUCCCAUACGGAGGGCCCUAAGUCCUACUCUAUCUUUGUGCCGCCUUCGGAUAUUGGGCAGCACUUUGGGCAGCUCUUGGAAUGUGGAAAGGGAACCGACGUUUCUUUUGAAGUGAAUGGAGAAACCUUUGCUGCCCACAGAUUGGUUCUUGCCGCCCGCUCACCGGUUUUCARGGCGCAACUUUUUGGGCCAAUGAGAGACCAAAAUAUCCGGUGUAUCAAAGUUGAAGACAUAGAAUCCCCUGCUUUUAAGGCGUUGCUUCAUUUCAUAUAUUGGGAUAAUCUCCCCGAUAUGGAAGAACUUACGGGAUUGAAUACAAAAUGGGCAUCAACUUUGAUGUUCCAACAUCUGCUUGCAGCGGCUGAUCGGUAUGGUUUAGAGCGGCUUUUGAUGCUUUGUGAGUCUAAUCUUUGUGAGGAUGUUGCCAUUAAUACCGUCGCAACAACAUUAGCUUUGGCUGAACAGCACCAUUGUCGGCAGUUAAAAUCCGUGUGCCUGAAAUUUGUUGCUUUGCCUGAAAAUCUSAGAGCUGUGAUGCAGACCGAUGGGUUCGACUACUUGAAAGAAAGUUGUCCGCAUGUAUUAACCGAGCUUUUGGAGCAYGUGGCUCGAAUCAAUGAGCAUUCUCUCCCCAUUUGCACCCACCCGAAUGCAAUCAUACUCGAUGGAAGCGAUGUUCAUGGUAGACGGGUGAAACCCAGAUUGUAAUUGUAGACAAAUGUGUUAUAUCGACAUUUUUGCAGCCGAUCUUUCGGGUCCGUUGUCAAAAGUUUUCGACUUUGUGUUUUCGAGCUGCCGAGUUUUACACAUAUAUUGUUCCCUUUCAUCUAUUUUUCUUGUUAAAGUGUUAGAUUUGUUGCUAAAGUUUGGUCGGUCUGAUCCUAUCAAACUGGUAUCGGAGCAGACCGACGUCAAAWUUACCAAUUUGUUUGGUGAGGUAUUAACCAGUAAUUAAUGUGAUUGAAAAUAAAUGAAAUUGUUUGCUUUUAAAUAAUG